AUGGUAAUGAAUCCAAAAGAGCAUGCGAAAUCAAUCACCUUGAUUUUGGAAGGGGGGUAUGAAGCUCCAAUUAUGAGAGAAAAGGUUGCCAAAAAGGGAGGUCAGGGAGAUUAUUGGGUAGAUGAAAGUGAGUUUGAAAAUGAAGUGAGUGAGGAGGCGAGAGGAAGGUCAAAAAUGAGUAAUGAGGGUGCCUCAACGAGAGACGAGGGAGAAGUGAAGAGCCAAGCUCCAUUGAAAGCAUAUGAGUCUUGUAUUCCAUUCCCUCAUAGAAUGAUAGAGAAAAAGCUAAAUGAGAAACUUUCCAAGUUCCUUGAUGAAAUGAAAGGACUUCAUUUUGAAUCAACAAAUGCUUUGUGUGAUCUUGGGGCUAGCAUUAGCCUUAUGCCUCUCUCUAUGGAAAAAAUAUUGAAUCUUGGGGAGAUAAGCCCCACCAAAAUGUCAAUCCAACUAGCCGACCGCUCGAUUAAAGUCCUAUUGGGAGUCUUAAAGGACAUCCCAAUUCAAGUGGGGAAAGUUCUUGUGCCAUGUGAUUUUGUAAUCAUGGAGAUGGAUGAGGAUUUCAAAAUUCCUCUCAUAUUGGGUAGGCCCUUUUUGAAAACCGCGGGUGUUAAUAUUGACAUAAAAACAAGGGCGGCUUACCUUACAUGUUGGGGAUGA